CUUUUCCUCGUGACUAACCGGCCACAGUUCGUGGGCGAACGUUCACCGAGUGUCGUCUCGCGUUCUCGUUUUCGAACGGAGGUUUCGUGUUCCUUCUCAUCCUCUUCCUCGUCGUCGUCAUCGUCGUCGUCGUUGUCGUUCAGCGAAUUCCAAGCGACCCCUUCGAUCGUCAAACUUUAUUCUUUUGUUCCUGCUUACUAUCGCAUAUUUCUCCUCCCCUUUUUUAUUCCUUCUUCCAUUUCCUAUUCCAUACCCUUUACCUUUUCCUUCUUUACCUAAACCCUCUUCUUAAUCCUUCUAAAUCCUUCCAUUUUUCUCCCGUGCAUUUUUUUGUAUUUUUCUAACGCCAAUUAACAGGGUAGGAGGAAGCCCAUAGGUGAGAGAAAGUGUGUGCACCAUGUGUCCGGCAAUGUCGGGGGCGUAAAGAAAAAUGUAAGAAGAAGAAGGAAAGGGGUACGUUAUCGAGAAAGACCGGAAAGUAAGAGCGGAAAGGCUCGUAAGCGUUCCCUUAACUAACAGACGCCCCAUACUCGACGAGAAUCCCUCUCUCACAGAUUUUUCUUCGGUGUCAGAAGUUUCUGUGUGUUGGGGGAUUUGUUCUUCUUCUGCAGAAGAGAACACGAUCAACUUUAUCGUCUUCUUCAUUAUUGGAAUCGUUUUUCUUCUUCAUCCACGAAGAUGAGAGGCCUUGUAUCAAGCAGCAUAUUCAGCUUACUCGUUCUGCUUUUUGCAUGGCAAAACGGAACGCGGGCUAAUUGGUGGUAUUUGGGAUUGGAACCUCGCUUGAGUGGAUCGGUCCAGAGUGUUGGAGGCGGUGCCGAUGGUGCAGACGGACAACAGGGUUUGGGUAUCGCUGGCGCAGGUGUGAUCGGUCCUGCUAGUGCCGAAAGAAAUUGCAAAAGUGUCCACCUCAGUGUCAAGCAACAACAAAUUUGCUCGCGUUCACCACCAGUCCUUCAAGCGGUAAGUGCAGGCACAAGAUUGGCAAUCGAAGAAUGUCAGCACCAAUUCCGGUCAGCAAGAUGGAAUUGCUCAGUCAGUCCAGACAAUCCGGACAAUAUUUUUGGUGGUGUCAUGCUAGUCAAUAGUCGAGAAGCUGCAUUCGUUUACGCGAUAUCAGCAGCUGGAAUCGCUUACAGUGUAACUAGAGCAUGUUCAAGGGGCGAACUGACAGAUUGUUCCUGCGACAAUCGAAUUAGGACGCGCCGACCGAAUAACUGGCAAUGGGGUGGCUGUAGUGAGGACAUACAUUUUGGGGACAAGUUCUCUAGAGAAUGGACGGAUGGUGCUGAAGAACCAAUGAAGGAAGGAAUUACGAAUAACGUUAAAGGAUUAGCCGGUCAACUGAUGAGGAAACACGACAGCGAGGCAGGCAGACGGGCUAUCCGUUCGAAAAUGAAACGUAUUUGCAAAUGUCAUGGCAUGUCCGGUUCAUGCAGUGUUCGCGUAUGCUGGAGGAGACUUCCAGCAUUCAGAGAGGCCGGGACAGAUCUUGCAGCUCUUCACGAUGGGGCAGCAUUGGUACGACUGUCUCAACGAGGCGGCAGAAGACCCGCAAGACUGAGGCCCGCGCAACCUGAUCUCAAACGACCGAACAAGACGGAUCUAGUCUACCUGGACGAUAGUCCUGAUUAUUGUGAAAGAAACAUCACGUUGGGCAUUCCUGGAACGAGAGGAAGAAUCUGCAACCGAACAUCACCGGGACUCGAUGGUUGCCGGUUAUUGUGCUGCGGUCGAGGUUAUCAGACAAGGGUACGGGACGUCACGGAAAAAUGCAGUUGCCGAUUCGUCUGGUGCUGUCACGUGAAGUGCGAACUCUGCAGACAGAGGCGCGAGGAACAUAUUUGCAAUUAGAGAAGAGAUAGACUGUUGUCGCACGACUCAUGCCAUGUGACGUUAUUCUUUUCGAUGAGAAAGGCCAUCGAUUUCGGGGUAGAUUGAUGUGCCCGCGAACUAGUUCGUUUGUUCUUAUCGCUCAAUUUUCCGUAGCGUUGAUAAAAGGAAAAAAGAAAGAAAUAUACCAAUAUCCGCCGCGAGAGGCUAGAAAAAAAAGAAAAAAUAACGAUAUACGACGUAUUGAGAGGAAACAUGACAAAGAAGAUGAAGAAAAAAGCAUUCUGUACCUGACAGUCAGAGUGUCGUAAAUAAUCCACUCUUCGGCAACGUUUAUUUAAGUUUAGUUAUCUAUAAUUUCGGAUACUCAGGGUAAUACGCUUUGUCCGCGCUUCUCUCGUAUGAUAGAAAAACCCAUCGAUAGCGUGCGCGAGGGCAAGCGGAUCCCUCGAGUUUCAGUAUUAAUAAUGAUAUAGGUAUGUCAGGCGACGACAUAGAUAUAUGUAUACCCUCGUUGGAGUUACGAACACGUGGCUCGUUAUGCUAGUCUGGCUCUCAGGUGCAGCGUUAACCGCGUGGAUAUUGACAACUGAACAUUGAAAAAGUUUAUACAACUGUCGCUCAAAGAACAGAAGACGAUGAUUGUUUUUUCAAAAUCUUUUUUCAAAAUCUUUUUUCAAAAUCUUUUUUCAAAAUCUUCUUUUGUAUAGAAUAUCCCAUUUGAAAUCAAAACCAAAAAUAUAAAUAUUUCUAUUGGAUAGUGGGAUGUUACAGAACGAAAUUGCACUGUUCGUAGGAAGAAAUACAAUAAAACAAUUUCUUUUUCUUUUCAAAAACAUUUCUUGAGAUAUCAAGAUCGUUAAUACUUUUUUACGUGGAGUUACGUUUUUAUUUUAUUUUUUUUGAUAUUAUAAUAAUAAUAUAAUAAAGC